GUUUGUAAAAUUAAAGGGGGAAAUAGGAAAUUUAUCAAAAAUUAUAACAAGAAAACAAAAAUUUGUUUAAUGCCUGCUUUGGAGAGAGAGAGAAGUGUAGAGAGAGAAACAGAGGUAGAGCGAGAGAGAGAAAGAUGGGUAAAGCAGGCGGAACAACGCCGGCGAAGAAGAAAAAAGGCCGUCCAUCGUUAGUAGAUCUAAAAAAGCGAGCACUAGAGGAACAAGAAUUGCAAAAUUACCAACAAUCACAACCGAGAUCCGCUCGCCGGAACCCUAACUCUGCUACUGCUGCCGAUGAUGUAUCUGUUGAUGAAGAAGAGUACUAUGAAGACGACGACGAUGAUGAGAGGAAAGAGAAGAAAGUCAAGCUCGUUGUUCGUUUGCCCCAAUUGAAUCAACAUCCACAUUUGUCAACUGAUUUAGUACGAUCUUCAUCCAUUAAUUCGGCGUCAUGCGGCUCUGAUUCGAAUGCUGAUGUUGACAAUCGCAAAAUUAACUCCGGAUCUGGUGGUAUCCUCACUCAUCAUCAGGGUGGAAAGGUUCAGAAAGCGAUGGACACACACACGCUGCAUGGAUCACCAUCGGAAGCUGGACCCACUACACCUUUGCCAGACAAAAAGUUGUUGGUGUUCAUUCUUGACAGACUUCAAAAGAAGGACACUCAUGCAGUAUUCUCUGAGCCUGUUGAUCCUGAUGAGCUUCCUGAUUACCAUGAAAUUAUAGAGCAACCUAUGGAUUUUGGCACUGUGAGGAGCAAACUUAACAAGGGUCUUUAUGCAAAUCUUGAAGAAUUGGAGACGGAUGUUUUUUUGAUCUGUUCAAAUGCAAUGCAGUAUAACCCAUCUGACACCAUUUUCUUUCGGCAGGCGAGGUCUAUACAAGAAUUAGCAAAAAGGGAUUUUGAAAAUCUGAGGCAAGAGGGAGAAGGUGGUGAGCUGCAACCAAAGGUAGUGAGAAGAGGCAGGCCUCCAAGCAAGCACCUGAAAAAGCCACCUGGCAGACCCCCAUUGGACACACCUCCUGUCCUUGAGUCCACCUCAGGUGCCACCCUGGCAACUCCUGUAGACAAUGAGUCCACUCCUUACAAUUUAAGACGUGGGCCCACGAUGUAUAAUCCAUCAUAUCGUACGCGCAAUGGUGAACAUCAAUCUGAAAUCUCAUCAGAUUGGAAUGAAGAGUUUCCAGCUAACAUUAGGAGGGCAGAUAUGAAAUAUGGGAACAAACAUUUUAUUAUAGACGAAAGUAGACGCGAUACUUACAAGGAGUUUCAUCCAUCUAUUUUUGCUCAAAAUCAUUCUCUGCUUUCCAACUUUGGUGGAGAAAAGAAGCAGUUAUUAGCUGUUGGUCUUCAUGCUGAACAUGGUUAUGCGAGAAGCCUAGCUCGAUUCGCUUCCAAUAUGGGCCCCAUUGUCUGGAAAUUUGCUUCCAAGAAAAUCGAAAAAGCCUUGCCACCUGGCGUGCCAUUUGAAAACGAAACAUCAUUUUUUCCACCCAAAAAUUACAAUUAUACCCCCAAAUUAUCCACUGACAACCCAGAAACCCCAUCGUCUUCAGGACCAAUAGCGCCUAAAAUUGAAGAUUCUACUGUCAUAAAAACCGAUAAAUUUAUAACACCCCAAAAUGGUAGAAAUAUUUCCAAAAUGGGAAUAACGUUUCAAGGUACAACUAGUCAUGCACAAGGUACAAAGAGGCAGUUUAUGGUUCCUGUUCCACCGGACCUAAAUGUGGGACCAUCUGGAUCCAUCGGUUCACCGCAGCAACCAGAUUUAGCAUUGCAGCUCUGACCCUGACCCAUGGUUGCGGGUGUCAAUGUACAACCUAUGCUGCACAUGGUACCGCUUGUGGAUGCAGGUGAUUUUAUAGUGUAGGAAACUAUUUUGUACAGAUUGAUCCAAGUAUGAUGGACCUGAUUAGAAAUAAAAAUAGAGGCAUUGUUUUUGGGUUA